AUGGUCAGCGCUCAAGUGUACGUCUCCUCGCCCGAUGCGUUGCCCACCGUUACCAACCUGAUCAUCAUGCUCGGCAUGAUCCAGGUCUCCCGCAAGGUCCCCUUUGAGGAUCCUUCCGUCCUCCAGGGAUGCCGCGCCCUCUACAUCUUCAGCAACCUGCUGAUCGCCAUCGUCUACCUCUACAUUCAGUCCAAGAUUAACGCCAAGAAGGACAUGACGACCCUCAAGUACGUCGAGCCCGCCCCCGUAGGCUCCUCCGAGGAGCCCAAGCUCGUUACGACCACCGUGCACGCCUACGACUCGGCCCAGCUCAAGCAGGCCUUCCGCUCGCAGGCCAUGGGUGUCGCCAUGAUGGGAUUCAUGCACCUCUACAUGAAGUACACCAACCCCCUCCUCGUCCAGUCCAUCAUCCCUCUCAAGGGCGCCUUCGAGAGCAACCUCGCCAAGAUCUACAUCUGGGGCCAGCCCCCCGUCGGCGACCUUAAGCGCCCUUUCAAGGCCGCCGCCGGCUUCAUGAGCAGCCUCCAGGGUGGUGGCCCCGCCAGCGACAAGAAGGCCGUCGAGGCCGCCGAGCGCUCCGGCCGUGGUGGUGUCAAGGAGGAGUAA